AUGGAAGAGAAAGGAACAAAGAGAGUGAUUUUUCAAAUUAUUGCUUCUUCUUCUUCUCCUGCGAAGAACAAUAUCUCUGUUUCUGUUUCUUCCUCUUCUCCUUCAAUGCCUUCCAGACCAAACCCUAAACCCAGAAACUCCGAGACCGGAGACUUGAUGCGGAGGAGUUUUCGUGGCAACCCGUUCUCGGCAGAUUCGUCCCGGAGAAACUCUCUUGGUAAAGAGAGCAGCAAUCUUGUUGAGUUCGGAGAUAAAGAGAACGACAAGGAUCUAAUCUCCUCCAAUGUGGUGGUCAACAAAGGUCUCAAAGUUUCCAAGCACUUCAUGUCACCGACGAUUUCAGCAGUUUCUAAGAUCAACCCAUCCCCGAGGAAGAAGAUCUUGUCUGAUAAAAACGAAAUGUCUCGAUCCUUCGACAAAGCACAUCAUCAGGUGAAGUCAUCAUCUUCUGUCUCAUUCUCUGAUGUGAUAAGCAUCAUUGGGGGCGAGAUUCGCAUCGAUGAAAAGGAGGAAUCGUAUGAUGAUAUUACUGUAACUGAUCUCGAUGAGAAUCUUGAGAAUAAGAGCGAUGAUGGUUCAAGCUUCAAGAUCAGCCCUCUUCCUCCUCCUCCUCCUUCUGUUCCAUACACGUUCCCUGUGUUUGAGUCUCAUGAAGUGGAUCCUAUGGUGGCACCUUAUGAUCCGAAGAAGAACUACUUGUCACCAAGGCCUCAGUUUCUUCAUUACAAGCCGAAUCCAAGAAUUCGUUUCAAUGAGUGCAAGCAGCUAGAGGAGCUUUUCAGCUCUUCUUCUGAGACUGAUUUGUCAGCAGAGGAUAGCCAGCAAGAAGAGGAAGUUGAUUCUCAAGAAGUUGCAGUAAAAGCAGAGACAGAGGAGAUUCUAGAUGUCGAUGGUGAAGAGUGUUUGGAAGCAGCAGAGAGUGAUAAAGAAGUAGAUGUGGUGUGUGAAAGCGUUGAAGAAGAAACUCACCAGGUUUCAAAACAGUCUCGUUUCAAGAUGUCCAAGCUGCUUGGUUGGAUUAUGGUUCUUGGUGUGGCGUAUGUGUUGCUGGUUUCUUCGGUGGCAUUUACUCAACCAAGCAUCAUUGAAGGUUCACCUUUCUAUCAGUUCCACAUCCCAAAAGAGAUUGUAAUGUCUGCAAGCGAGAGCUUUGAGCAGUUGGGUGAAAAGCUGAGGAUGUGCGCAGAAUCAUCUCUUGUGUAUAUUGAUAAGCUGAUCUCAAGUCUACGAGAGGAAGAGGGAUAUGGUCCUUUUCAGUUUCAUAAUUUGACAAAUCUUUUGGAUGAUAAAAGUUUGUCUGAUUCUGUUUUUCAGACAACUGGUGGUGAAAUCAGUGUUGAUGGGUUCUUAGUUGAUAGCCAAGACUGGAGCUCAGAAAUGGAUAUAGAAGAAGAAAUUGUUGGUCAUCAGGAACCUGAAGAAGAACCGGAGACCAGUGGCGAAUUCAGUCUUGAAUAUGAUGAGCAGGCUGAGAACAAGGUGAAUGGAGGUGAAAUAUAUUCAGAACCUCUUUCUGAAGAAGGCAAAGGUGGCCAGGAAACUGAAGUUGUUGAACGGCAGAGAGAAUAUGAAGAAAAUGACCAGAAGAACAUCGAGGAAGGUCACGAAUCUGAAACUGGAUUUACCCACAACGAUGAGAAGAACAUGGAAGAAUCUGAAUCCAAUGCACACCACCAGCAUGAUGAUGUGGAGUCUGCUACAAUCAGUGGUCAUCAGCAAAAAGAAACAGAAGUAGGCAAUGCUGAAACUGUAUCAGAAGAAGAAGGUGUUGGAGAAAUUAGCUUCGGUGUUUCAGAAGAAGUUACAGAUGUAGAACAUGAUGGUAAUGAAGUAGAAGAAGAGAGUGGGUUUGGUGAGUCUGUUAAUGAUGCAGGUUCGGAGGGAAUUGCGUUGAGUAAUCAGAAGAAAGCGGUAGUCGUGUUUUCGACUGUGAUGGUUCUACUUGCAGCAGCAGCAGCAGCUGGUUUCUUAUUAGCAAAGAAGAUGACAAAACCAGUGAAGAUGCAACAACGUGAAGAUUGUGAACCAACAACAGUCUCUGCAACUGUUGAGCACGUGCCAGUAGAGAAUCUGAUCAAAGAAAGGCUUUCUUCACUUAAUUUCAAGGAAGAAGAAGAAGAAGUUGGUGAUGAUAGAGAAAGAGAGGUAUCAUCAUUCCCUUCUGAGAUGAGCUUCAGUUUCAGUAAGAACAAAUCAUUACACAGCUGCAGCAACAACAGAGAUGAUCUUAAAGAAUAUCAAAGCGGAGGAGGAGGCAAGAAGAGUAAUGAUAGCGGCGAAUCCAUGGCUUCCUCGGCAUCAGAAUACUCCAUAGGCACUGUUUCAUAUGGGAGUUUCACAACAUACGAGAAGAUACAAAAGAGAAGUGGUCACAAAGAGAAAGAGAUGAUAACACCUGUGAGGCGUUCAAGCAGGAUCAGGAACCAUCAACAUUCUGGACAAUGAGUUAGAUUUAGCUUUUGACUUUAUGAACUACUGAUUGGUAGGAAGCUUUUCCAUCUCACUGAAGCUCUUAAGUAGUAUGUUGCGUUCUUGGGAAUCUUUGCUUUUUAGUUUUGAUUUUCUCCUUUGAAGUUUCUGGCUUUAUGAAUUGUCUGAGACAUUGUACUCCACACAUAUGAUGAACCUUUUCGUCUAGUUAUAAAAUAAUAUUGUUAAUCUUUUCUGAA